CAUCAACAUAUUCACCAAUUUCUUUGAAUGGGUAAAGUCCUCGGUUUAACUGUCAUUGAGAGGUUAUCCCUGUCAUAACAAUGUUAUCGAGUAUCGUAAAGGAGCACCAGAGUAAGCAGCACGCGAGGAGGGAGGUCCAAGAACAAAAGCGCAAGGAAGCUGUCCAAGCAGCCAACAACUUGACUCAAGCACUUGUGGAUCAUCUGAACGUUGGAGUGGCCCAGGCUUAUUUGAACCAGAAGAAACUCGACGCUGAGGCUAAGCAACUGCAGCAGAGUGCAACGGCCUUCGCCAAACAGACCCACUCCUGGCUGACCCUGGUGGAGUCAUUCUCCAGUGCCUUGAAGGAGAUCGGUGAUGCUGAGAACUGGGCAAGAAGCAUCGAGGGGGACAUGAGGACCAUCGCAACAGCCUUGGAAUAUUCUUACAAAGCAACUCAGGACGUGCAGGGUCCUACCCUCUCAUAAUCCCCAAAAAAUCAACAAACAAUUACGAUUUCAAUAAUUUUAUUGUUGCACAUAUACAGUCGAUAAAUAAAUUCCAAUAAAGGGCAGGAAAUAAACAAUCACCAAAAA